AUGAUUUCACUGGUGGAAGCCAUCGCCUUGGGCUUUAUCCCUGCCUUUGCCAUGCUUGUCUGCACGUUGGUGGGCCUUGGGACAGAGGUGCCUCAUAAUAUGGCAGGAGCCUUGCAGCACUUUGCGGCUGGCAUUCUGAUAUGCUCGAUCGGGAUUGAGCUGUUACCAGCAAUGAAGGAGGCUUCUGGGUUUUCAGAAGUAUUUGCGUCUGGUGUUGGGUUCUUCUCAGGUGUCGCCUUAAUGAUUGCAGUUGGGGUGCUGUGUCCCGAGCCAGAGGAAGAUCAAGACGAGGACGCUGAAACGAAAAGAGCAGAAUAUAUUGACCCUCCCAAAAGUCGACCUAUCCCAAGAAAAAAUUCGAUAUCCGGCAGAAAGAGCUCGCUAUUGUCGAAGGCAUACAAGCAGGGUGGAAAUGAGAGUGGUGAACUUCAGUUUCCUUUUUCGAAUAUUUCAGAAGAAACACCGCUUGUUGACAAUACUACUCCGAAAAAGCCAUUUCCAAGGGCUUUGUUGGUGACAGUAUGCGUCGACAGUAUAUUAGACGGAUUGCUCAUUGGAAUUGCCACGGCGGCUGGUCCAUCAACAGCGACCAUGCUAUCAUUAUCUCUUUGUGUUGAGAUGAGUUUCUUGGGCUUGACCUUGGCUACUGCCAUGGCAGGGGCUACGUCUAAGUAUUCCGUUCCAGCAUCCUUCUUGGGUCCAGUCUUUAUUAUCAUAGGGGCAUGUAUCGGCAGUCUGAUUUCAUCGGCAUUGUCCAGCAGCCCGACAGCAUUGAUUGGCAUGCUCAGCUUUGGAGUUUCAGCACUGUUGUUCAUGGUAGCAGAGGAGCUUUUACUACAAGCCCAUGCGAAUGGCGAACACAUUUGGUGGGUGGAUGUCCAACUAUACGUCGGGUUCUUUGGGAGUAUUUUGCUAGCCAAACUAGUGGCAGAAUGA